CUCAACGCAAAUCGUUUCCGCAUAUUAUCCUCUCUUCACAUAUUUCACAUUAAUUUUGUCUCCUCUCCGAUCCUCCGCCGUCUCCUUACGUCGCAUUCCCGCCGUAAGUCGCCGGAGAAAUUGUUCAUUCUUCAUUUGUUUCAUUCUCCUCAUGAAUGGUACGCAUUAUAUUCUUGAAAUUUAAGGUUGUUGUCGUCGUACGUGGUGGUUUGGAAUUUGCAGAGAGCGAGGAUUGAUCGAUGUUUUAAUGGAGACGAAAGGUGGGAAGAAGAAUCCGUGGAGUAGUGCCCAAUACGAGACCCCUCUCGGUUACAUCAUCGAAGACGUUCGUCCUCACGGUGGCAUUCACAAAUUCCGAUCGCCUGCUUACUCUAACUGCGUGAGGAAGCCAUCCUGAUACAAUUUUCCGGCCGGCGAGGUAGAUGAAUAUGGACGCUCCGGUAGAGUAGGAAGAAAAGAAGAAGAAGACUGCGUUUUUUUCUUUGAUUUUUUGAUUUUUUUUUUUUUAGAAAUAUAGAAAAGUAAACUCUUUUUACAAUCUGUGCUGCCAUGGCGGAAGCUCUGUCGUCGGCGAUAGGCUUUGAAGGCUUCGAAAAGCGUUUGGAAAUCUCAUUCACUGCGGCGCCGAUGUUCCGUGACCCGCACGGAAUGGGGCUCCGGGACCUGAUCCGGGCUCAGCUCGACUCCAUUCUUGAACCGGCGUUUUGCACCAUUGUUUCCGAGCUCUCCGGCGCCGAGUUUGACUCGUACGUUUUGUCCGAGUCAAGCAUGUUUAUUUACCCUCUCAAGAUUGUUCUCAAGACCUGUGGGACUACCAGACUGCUGUUAUCGGUUCCGGUGAUCUUGGAACUCGCUGACUCGCUCUCACUCGGUGUUGACUCCGUCCGGUACUCGCGGGGGACCUUCGUUUUCCAGAAUUCUCAGCCGGCGCCUCACCGGAGCUUCUCAGAGGAGGUGGCGUUCCUGAAUUCGCAGUUUAAGAACGGGGUCGGGUUCGUGCUCGGCGACCCGGAGUUUCCGGGCCGGAACUGGCAUGUGUACGUGGCGGAGGUGGGGUCGGGAGUGCCGGCGAUGGAGACAACGGUGGAGAUUUGUAUGACGGGGUUGAGCCGGGAGAAGGCGGCGGUGUUUUUUAAGAGGGGUGGUGGUGGUGGUGAAAUGACGAAAAUGUCCCGUAUAUGUGACGUCAUCCCAAGUCACGUGAUUUGUGAAUUUGAGUUCGACCCUUGUGGGUACUCGAUGAAUGGGAUGGAUGGCACAACUUAUUCUACGGUGCACGUGACGCCAGAGGAAGGCUUCAGCUACGCCAGCUACGAAGCCAUGGGGGUGGAGUUAUGUCCCACCGGGCUUGAGCCGCUAGUGAAGCGGGUCCUCACCUGCUUCGAGCCCGCCGAAUUCAGCGUGGCCGUCACUCGCUUUGGAGUUCCCUCGCGAGACAAGAUUUGGAAUGGUGGCGGUGUUGACGUGGACGGAUACACGUGUCAAUUCGGGGUAACACAAGAGCUCCCGGGUGGCGGCCUCAUCGAUUACCGAUGCUUCACGACCAACAAGGUGACUUUCCGUCCCUCAGCUUUGCAAUGCGGGAAGGAAACAGAGGAGGAAGUGACGAUUGUCGGUGGCUUGCCUUUUGGUAUGACGACAUUAUCCAUGGAGUCACCAACGAUUUGUGAGUUAGUCCGCUAGUCAUGUUAUUUUGUACCAUUAGGUUGUUGAAAAUUAUUUUGGUUUAUGUUAAUUAGGUCUUAGAUACCAUGAGUGAUAGAUGCAAUAAAAAAUGGCUUUUCAAGUCCAUCUAUGUAACUAUGUAAGUCUUGAUAUCAAAAAUUUAAAAUCCCAAAAAAAGAGUAAUCAAGUUGACAAUUUACGAGUA